GCCGCGUUGUUUCGUGAAAAAUCAUCAAGGACGUAGUGAAGAUGGCCGAGCUCGAAAGACAUGAUCCAGCAACAAUAGGGUUAGCGAGGUUCGUCGGGACUUGAUGCGAUGAGGGACCUCCAUAGACAAACGGAGGCUUCGCUGCCCGCAACUUGGUGGAAGACGGGUGAUUGGUCGUGUAUACUGUACAACAGAGGCAGAGCCAACCGUGUCAGACCUCGAUCGAUACGAGCACAAGUAUAAAGCGUCCCAAAAUCACAGUCUGCCGCCAGUUCCUCGACCACCAUUAACCAGAUGUCCCGAGGGAAGACUGGCCUAGGUGGUAUCGUGGUCACCAUUGAGUCUGGGGUUGAACAAUGAGUUUUGAAAGUAGUUGGAACUGAUGUGGCUGAAGGCACCAUGUCGAGAACGCGUCGCGGGACACGUGCCUCGAGCACUAACUUUCAGGGACUUUUGCGCUAACUGGCGCCUUCCAUCAGUGAGAAUUGUUUAGGUAACCCCACCAAUCGCACAUCACUGCCUGUCUUGGAGCUUGUCCACCAACUUUAUUCAGUCUUCAUCAACCUCAACACCUCAAAGGCAAGAUGGUGGUGCUCAACUUCACUCUGAGUGAAGAUGGCGUGGCCGUGCUCCACGAUGCAUUGGCAUGCAUGUUCAAGUUCAGUGACGAGGUCUGUCUCGAGGCCAGGAAGGAAAAGCUUAUGUUAACAACGCUGAACAUCUCCAAAUCGGCUUAUGUUUGCUAUUCCUUCGCCGCAACCCGCUUCUUCUCCGGGUACAAAUUCGAGGGAAGCCCCCAGUACCGCGAGAAGUUCUCAUGCCAGCUCUACAUCAAGUCCCUACUCGCCAUCUUUAGAACGCGGCAGGGUGGCGGCGAGACUGCCUACGGGAGAGACGCCUCCAUUGAACGCUGCGACGUAGCCAUUGACGAUGGCGUUGGCAAGAAAAGCCGUCUUGUGGCUAGGGUUUCUUUUAGGAACGGGAUCACUGCCUCGCAUAUUCUCCCAUACGAAGUCAAAGCACCCACCCACGCAAAGUUCAACAAGCAAGAGGCAAGAAACCAAUGGGCCAUCUCUUCCAAAACACUUCGCCAGCUCAUGGACCAUUUCGGACCAGGCAUUGAGCUCCUCGACAUCAACACAGAUGAGGACAGCAACCUCGUCAACUUUACAUGCUUCACCGAAAAGGUCCAGAAACGGGGCGGCGCUAACAGCGAGACCGUCCUCAAAAAGCCCCUUCACACCAACAUCGCGGUCGAGAUGGACGAGUUCGACAAUGUCCAGGUCGAGGACAAACUCCACAUCAUUAUCAGCGUCAAGGACUUUCGCGCCAUCCUCCAGCAUGCUCAGAUUACCAGCGGAGAGCUAGCCACAAGCUACAGCAACCCAGGCCGUCCCAUGAAGUUAUACUACGCAGCUGAUGGCAUCCUGUGCGAGUUUAUCUUGAUGACUGUUGGCGAGAAAGAUGCCAGAGAACCAAGGCAAAAGACCGCCCGGCCAAAUGCCUCUGCAAAGACUCCCAGGCCAGAGCUUGACGCGGCAUCACACAGAGCUAGUUCAAUGUCCAAUAGUGCCUGCCAGCAAGCUCUGCCAGAUCCAACCCCGCAAACCGUGGCCCAACCGCCACAACAGCCACAAAAUCCAACAUCGUCGAGGCCUCGCCCUCCACCGGCAUUUCACCUCCGCCCGCCACAGCAGCCACCCCCGGGGACGGCACAGUCGGAGGACUCCCUGUUUAUGGGACCGGCACCCCAUGAGCUGGACGAUGACCGGCAGUGGGAGCCUAUCAAUCCUGACGAGGACGAGGAAGAGGAGGAGAAUGCCAGGUUGGAGUGGAACUCUACCAGUGAUCCGAAUAUAUCCACUCUGCGUAUUAGUAGUUACCUGCAGAAAUCCUCCACCAGCACAGAAGACACUCCAUCUGAUCGUUUGGUGUCAGGACUCGAUCCAACCCAGCGCCUUUCACAGGUCCGUGGGUUCGGCUUGUUCACCGAUUAAUGACAGCAUUUGCAUCUCGGCGUUCGGCGGUGUUUGGCGGUUGUUCUCAUCACUGAUACCAUAUCUCGCAUCUUUGCUAUUUACCUCCUUUUCUCAAAGGCAAUCCAACUUGUGGCGCACCCUGCCCCUAGAGCUGUAACCUCCUGAUCCUCCAAGUUGUAUUCAUCCGGGAUUUGAAUGACAUUCGCCCUCUCCUUGUUGUUC